AUGCCUUACAACACGCGCCGAAAGUCGCUUUCUUUACCCAGUCUUGGGAUUCACGUCCCAAUGACACAUGCUGCUCGAGCUGCUGCUGCUGCUGCUUCCAAGAACGCUUCAAGAUCGUCUUCUUCGUCUUCAUCAAGUGCUGCUUCAUCCGCCUUGUCACCGUCCUCGUCUGGCUCCGAGGCCCCCGAAGCGCAUCCCAAUAAGCGACAGAAGCGAUCGCAUUCCGACGACGACAUUGCCAUUGAGCAGACACCUCCUCCUUCACCUACACCAGGCUCAAGCCUCGACCUUGAUACAAACCAGUCCGCCAUUGACUUCAAGACGAUCAACGACGACAUUGUCGAGGCAGUUAUUGUUCAAUUACAGUCAACUGGAAACCGCCCUCACCUCGUCAAGGAGCUUGCUACCGUUCUGGCACAACGUCUUACCUCCGUUCAACAUUCUGCCAACCCUUGCGCAAUCAUCUCUUCAAGGCUGGCCUCAUAUGCUAAGCGACAAUGCUGGAGUGACACAAAACCAUGCCCUAUCGCCAAGGAACUUGAGAGCGUCCACCCUCGAAGGAUCUAUUAUUUCCUCACCACCUGCCCUCGUCAGCCCAUUCCCGAACCCAACUCCACAGUGUCUGCUCAUGCCGCCCUCGAAACUCCUUCGGUGUCUCUGACGGAUGAUUCCGGCUCCGAUGACGAUGCUCGCCGGCGGGAGCUCAGCCCAUCGCCCGAGGUUGACCUUUCUGACCAUGGAUUCGAGGAAGGUGACGACGAUGUUAUCAUGCCUCUGACUCCCAUCGGCUCUCUUCCCUCUCAUCACCGUUACGUGCCAAACCGUCGCAACAGCCGUCACAACUCACCGCCUCUGGAAAAAGAUGAGCGGGAGUUUACACAAACGGCCGACUUCUUGCAGAAACGCAAGUUCGCCGAGGACACCCCUGUUGCUGAGUCCGCCGAUCGCACCACCCACACUUCAGAGUAUGGGUACCGCGACGAUUUCUGGUUCGGCGACCAUCGCAUCUUCACCUCAAAUGCCCUCCUUACCAGCCCCGCGGUGAAGCCUAGCUCCAUGUCAAACACGGCAUCUAGUCUGCGAAAAGAGGACGAUGGUGAGAGCUGGCUAAAGUUUAGCAAGCUCAUGGAAUGGGACCGCGGCGCUGAGAGCAUCGAAAUUGAUGAGCUUGAUUGCUUACUCGAUACGUGCUAA